AUGUCGGCGACAGCAGCGAGACCAGAUCCGUUUCGUCCAGCGAAGAGAGUUGCGGGCCAGAGACAGGAUGUCUGGUCAAUUGUGAACGAAGCUGCUGCCGCUUCGCCGGUUCAGCCGAUUGUGAACAUGGGUCAAGGCUUCUUCGGCUACAACCCUCCUCAAUUCGCUCUAGAUGCGGCCAAGGAAGCUCUCGACCGGGUCGACUGCAACCAGUAUUCGCCCACGAAGGGCCGUCCGCGACUUAAGAAGGCCAUUGCCGAAGCAUACUCUUCCUCCUUUGGUCGUACCAUAAACCCGGAUACAGAAGUUUCCAUCACCACCGGCGCAAAUGAAGGGAUGUUGAGUGCUUUCAUGGGAUUCAUUGAACCCGGAGACGAGGUCAUCAUUUUUGAGCCCUUCUUUGACCAGUACAUCAGCAACAUCGAGAUGCCUGGCGGUACAAUUCGAUAUGUCCCCCUUCAUCCUCCCAAGGACGGUGCGACAAGGACUUCGCCUGCGUCUGAGUGGACGAUAGACUUCGAGGAACUGGAGAGGACGAUCAACUCGAAGACAAGGAUGAUUGUAAGAAGUUUUGAACUCACCGUAAGUGUGCCGGAUCAAUCACAUGCGUAUGAAGCUAACAACCACAUCAGGCACAACCCCGUCGGAAAAGUCUUCUCGCGCGCCGAACUUGAACGCAUUGGCGAGCUGUGCGUGAAGCACAACCUAAUUAUCCUCUCCGACGAGGUCUAUGACCGUCUCUACUACGUCCCCUUUACUAGAAUUGCUACCUUAUCCCCAGAGCUCUGGGAGCGUACUCUCACGGUUGGCUCCGCCGGAAAGGCCUUUUACGCUACUGGCUGGCGUGUUGGAUACCUGAUCGGACCGGAGCAUCUCAUCAAGUACGUCGCCGCUGCUCACACGCGUAUUUGCUACAGCAGUGUAUCUCCCCUCCAGGAAGCUGCUGCCGUGGCUUUCGAGCAGGCGGACAAGGUCGGAUUCUGGGACCAGAGCCGGACGGAAAUGAAGCAGAAAAUGGAACGCUUCUGCGAAGUCUUUGAUGAGCUCAACAUUCCCUACUCUGACCCUGAGGGUGGCUACUUCGUCCUUGCAAACAUGUCUUCCGUCAAGCUCCCGGAAGAUUACCCAUUCCCUCCCCAUGUCGCCAGCCGCCCUCGUGAUUUCAAACUAUGUUGGUUCCUGAUCCACGAAGUUGGGGUGGCAGCCAUCCCCCCGACGGAAUUCUACACUGAUACGAAUGCCCACAUCGCCGAAGACUACCUUCGCUUCGCUGUUUGUAAAAACGAUGAUGUCUUGGAGACGGCGAAGGAGAGGCUCCGCGGUCUGAAGAAAUACAUUUCGAGGUAA